CCCAUUUUGUGUAUUAUUUGUACCAUUUUUCUGCGUAGUUAAGUGUAAUCAUGCUCGGAGCGGAGAGCAGAGUGGAGAGCCGGCUCAACAAGCUGGAGUCUCUGCUGAGGAACCCGCAGUCUGCGUUCAACCUGGAAACACUGCUGGAUUCCUUGAACGCGCUGGCGAAUGACUUGAACUAUCCUGCUCUGCGGAAAAACAAAAACAUCGAGGCCUUCCUGAGCCGAUAUGAAAAGGCCUUGAAUCAGCUGCGAGAGCUCCAGGUGAAGCUUGAAGACUUUGAGAAAGUGAAGUUGAUCGGGAGAGGAGCGUAUGGAGAAGUGAAGCUGGUCCGUCACAAGGCCUCGCACAAGGUUUACGCCAUGAAGCAGCUCAGCAAGUUUGAGAUGAUCAAGCGGUCCGACUCGGCCUUCUUCUGGGAGGAGAGGCACAUCAUGGCGUUCUCCAACAGCCCCUGGGUGGUUCAGCUGUGCUGUUCCUUCCAAGACGACAGUCACCUCUACAUGGUGAUGGAGUUCAUGCCCGGCGGCGACCUGGUCACGCUCACCAUGAACUACGACAUGCCCGAGAAGUGGGCGCGCUUUUACACGGCCGAAGUGGUGAUGGCACUGGACACCAUCCACUCCAUGGGCUUCAUCCACCGGGACGUGAAACCGGACAACAUGCUGCUGGACCAACACGGACACCUCAAACUGGCCGACUUUGGCACGUGCAUGAAGAUGGACUCGACGGGAAUGGUACGCUGUGACACAGCCGUAGGCACGCCAGAUUACAUCUCCCCAGAGGUGCUCCAGUCUCAGGGGGGCGACGGUUACUACGGCCGGGAAUGUGACUGGUGGUCUGUCGGUGUAUUUAUCUAUGAGUUAUUUGUUGGUGAAACGCCCUUCUACGCCGAGUCUUUGGUGGGAACCUACGGGAAGAUCAUGAACCACAAGAACACCCUCGUCUUCCCCGACGAUGUGGAGAUGUCUCAGGAUGCCAGAAACCUCGUCUGUGCCUUCCUCACUGACAGGACGGUCCGCUUAGGCCGCACCGGAGUGGAGGAGAUCAAAUGUCAUCCCUUCUUCAAGAACGACCAGUGGAACUUUGACAACAUCAGAGAGACUGUGGCUCCAGUUGUGCCGGAGCUGAGCAGUGACAUAGACACCACUAACUUUGACGACAUCGAGGAAGAUAAAAGAGAUGCUGAGACCUUUCCUCCACCCAGAGCCUUUGUGGGCAACCAGCUACCAUUCAUCGGCUUCACAUACUUCAAGGAGAACCAGCUGCUGAAGGGAAGUAACAGCGUCUCUGUGGAGGACAUCGAGAACUACAAAGAAAACUCUGAGGAUAAAGAAUCCUGCAGUAAGAAAGAGCUUCAUAAAAAGCUUUGUCAGCUGGAGGAGAAUCUCGACCAUGAGAUGCAGGCCAAAGAUGAGCUGGAGCACAAGUUCAGAAAUGCAACCAACCGUUUAGACAAACUGGUCAAAGACUUAGAUAAGGAGAUGAACAGCCGGCAGAGAGUCGAGGCCUCGCUGAGGCAACUGGAGAGAGAGCGAGCGCUGCUGCAGCACCAGAGCGCCGAGAACCUGCGCAAGGUGGAGAUCGAAACGGACAGGAAGCGCAGCCUGGAGAAUGAAUUGAACAACCUCAGGGACCAGCUAGAAGAUCUUAGGAAGAGGAACCAGAAUUCCCAGAUAUCCAGUGAGAAAAACAUCCAACUGCAGAAACAGCUCGAGGAGACCAACGCCGUUCUUCAGGCCGAGCAGGAGGCAGCGGCGCGGCUGAAGAGGAGUCAAGAGGAGGUGCAAAAACAGGCGCAGGGUCUGGAGGCGAGCCUCAGGGAGAUGCAGGAGAAGUGCGGCCAGUUGGAAAACGGCAAGAUGGAGCUGGAGAAGCAGCUGAUGGGGCUGCAGGGCGAGCUGGACAAGGAGAGGAGAGACGGCAACGUCAAGACGGAAACUAUUAGUGACCUGCAGGGACGUAUCUCUGGUCUGGAAGAAGACAUGAAAGAGCUGAAGUCGUCCAUAUCCCGGGUCAAGUCUGACAAGAAGCAGCUACAAGAGAAACUCAACGACCUCGACAAGGAAAAGAGCAACCAAGAGAUCGACCUGACGUUCAAGAUGAAGUCACUGCAGCAGACUCUGGAGCAGGAGGAGGCCGAGCACAAAACCACCAAAGCCAAGCUCACUGAUAAGAACAAGACCUACGAGUCCAUCGAGGAGGCAAAGUCUGAGGCUUUAAAAGAGGUGGAGUCCACGCUGCAGGAGGAGCGCAGCGCCAAGCUGCAGGUGGAGAGCAGACUGCUGGAGCUGGAGAAGGAUUACUCACUUCUGGACUGCGACUACAAGCAGGUGCAGCACAAGCUGGACGCUCUGCAGGCGCAGAAGGAGAAACUGUCUGAGGAGGUGAAGAACCUGAGUUUACGGCUGGAGCAGGAGAUUCACAAGCGCAGCCUGAGCCAGAGCGAGCUGAAGAUGCAGAACCAGCAGGUGUCGGUGCUCCGCUCCUCCGAGAAGCAGCUCAAACAGGAGGUCAACCAUCUGCUCGACAUGAAGCAGAUCCUGGAGAAACAGAACCAGGAGCAACGCAGGGAGAAGCAGGAGGCUGACAGCCAGCUGAAGGAACUAAAGGACCAAUUGGAAGCAGAGCAAUAUUUCACAACUCUGUACAAGACCCAGAUACGAGAGCUGAAGGAGGAGUGCGAUGAGAGGAAUAAGAUGUUCAAACAGGCACAGCAGCGACUGGCACAGUAUGAGGAGGAGAGGGAUUCCCUGACGACACAGCUGGAGGCCAGUUUGACCAAGGCUGACUCCGAGCAGCUGGCUCGCUCCAUCGCCGAGGAGCAAUACUCUGACCUGGAGAAGGAGAAAAUCAUGAAGGAGCUGGAGAUCAAAGACAUGAUGGCACGACACAAGCAGGAGCUCGCGGACAAGGAGGCCACCAUCAGCUCGCUGGAAGAGUCCAACCGCACUCUGACAGUGGACGUCGCCAACCUGGCCGGCGAGAAAGAGGAGCUCAACAACCAGCUGAAAGAAAUGCAGCAGCAACUCCAGAACGCCAAGGAGGAGGAGAAGCACAUGAACUCCCUGAAACUGUCGUACGAAAAGCAGCUGCAGAAUGAAAGGACACUGAAGAUUCAGGCUAUCAACAAGCUGGCGGAGGUGAUGAACCGGAGGAGGGAGACGGUGCGCGGAGGCCACCGCAGCAUGGACACCGAGGUGCACAGGAAGGAGAAGGAGAACAGGAAGCUGCAGCUGGAGCUGAGAGCCGAGAAGGAGAAACUCAACAGCACCAUUAUUAAAUACCAGAAAGAGAUGACGGAGAUGCAGGCGUGCAUCGCAGAAGAGAGCCAGGGGCGUUUGGAGCUUCAGAUGGCGUUGGACAGCAAAGACAGCGACAUCGAGCAGCUCCGGUGUCAAAUCACGUCCCUCAGUGUCCACUCCAUGGACUCCACCAGCAUCAGCAGUGGCAACGACCUGGACAUGGGUGACGGAUACCCAGUGCGCAUUACUCACUCUCACACUUCAGAGUCAAUGUCCUUCACCUACCAGCGCACGCACAAAUCUGUCUGCAUCGACACGCGCCCUAACCUUCACUCGGCUCGUCCUCUCUUUGACUCCGACUCUGAGGAUGAAGACGAGUAUGACAGGCACUUGGAGCAGGGCCAACGUCCACUGGCCCUCACCUACGAGCAGGCUCCCGAGCCUGAACCUGAACCUGAACCUGCAGACUCCAGGCUGGAGGGCUGGAUUUCACUUCCUACCAAGCACACAAAGCGUUUCGGCUGGGACAAAAAGUUUGUAGUAGUGAGCAGUAAAAAGAUCCUCUUCUAUAACAGUGAGCAGGACCGAGAGCUGGCCAAUCCUUUUAUGACCCUGGACAUUGAUAAGCUUUUCCACGCCCGGCCUGUCACUCAAACGGAUGUUUACCGUGCAGAAGCCAAAGAAAUACCAAGAAUAUUCCAGAUUUUGUACGCCAACGAAGGUGAGAGCAAGCGGGAUGUGGACGUCGUCGUGGAGCCCACGCCAUUCGGCGACCGCCCGUCCUACUUCAGCCACAAGGGCCACGAGUUCAUCCCGACUCUCUACCACUUCCCCUCAAGCUGCGAGGCGUGCACUCGGCCGCUGUGGCACGUGUUCAAACCCCCGCCGGCCCUCGAGUGCCGCCGCUGCCACACCAAGUGCCACAAAGACCACCUGGACCGAAAGGAGGAAGUGAUCGUACCCUGCAAGGUGAACUACGACAUGUCCACCGCCAAAGAGCUGCUCCUGCUGGCCAACUCUCAGGCGGAGCAGCAGCGCUGGGUCAGUCACCUGCUCAAGCGCAUCCCGAGGAAGCACCAGACGAUGAGUCCUCCCUCUGCCGCGCAAAACAGCCCGCCUGACGCCACCUCGCGGUCCUCGCCUCGGAUUUCGCCGCGCGGGUCACCCAGGAGUUCGCCCCGCAUGUCGGCGCACCGCGGAGCCAUCAAGAUCCAGCCCAGCAGCAGACAGCAGUCGUCGUCAGGGAAGACCAGAUUGCUUGAGUUUGGCCUGAACGAUUGGAGUUGGUCGCUGGACGACGUCGAGAAUGACGACGACGAUUUGUUCUUCUGAUGAAAUGAAAGAUGUGGGGGGGGGGCAGGGGUGACAGCGGGUAACCGCACCUCUGCAUGGAUCCUGUGUGCGUGUGUGUGUGUUCAUAUGUUUGCA